AUGUCGGAUAUCGACCCCCUGAUGCCCUCCGCAUUGACACUCGCGCGUUUGGAAGGUGCGAUUCAUCGCCUUGCCCUACGACUUUCCCGAUCCAUCCCCCUCGCCCUCGCGGAGAAGAGAGGGCCCUCCCCGCCCUCCGCCAUGCAUCUCCGGCGACUGGGGGCCCUCCUGCGAGCGGCAAAACGCCUCCUCGCGCAGAUCCAACGCGCGGAGGCGUUGCGUGCUGGCGAUCCUCGCGUUUUCCCCGCCUCCGACGCGGCGAAUCUCGAAAAUCCACCACCAAGCUCCCCUCCAGGGCGUCUGGAAGACGCGUAUCGAGGUCUUCUCACCUCCGUUGCGCGCGCGGAGGUUCUUCUCGAGGAGCGGCUUCAUUCAUGCGGCUCUCCACUCCCUACGCGUUGCGUGGGAGAGGUGCCGUUAAUGCACGAGGAAAUCGUUUCCGCCUUUCCAACCCGGCGGCGGUAUUACGUUUUGGGGGAUUCCUUUGAGGUUCGCUACGCCGUGGCGGCGGCUCCUCCUCGCGUGCGCGUUUCUCCCGUUACGAAACGAGUGGAUUCCCAGCUCGGCGAGGGGGCUUCCCGCUCCGAAUCGAUCCUUCCCGACCGCGCAAAGUCGAUUUCAACCCCGAACGCCCCACUGAAAAUUCUUUCCACCGCGGUGGAAUCCCCGGCGGAUGUGGUGAUGCGGGAUAUCCGCACGACGAUCCAGCAGGUGAAGCACGGCGCCCUGCAGGUGCGGGAUUUGAUGGAUCGCGAAGCGCACGCCCUUUCCACGAGUGAGGCCCUCCUCUCCGAGGGUGUGGGGAAAUCGCGAAGGAAUAUGCGGGAGAUGAGCAAAAUCCACGAGGUCUAUGCGGCCGCUGAGGGCUCCGUUUCUCGCCUGCUUCGCCACAUCCCAUGCGGGUUGUUGGUCUGGCAAACCCUGCUCAUGCCGUUAUGGGUUUUUCUACGGCAGGUUUUGUUGUUUUCGCUGGUGUUGGCGGUGGUGUGUGGGAUGUUGCUGCUGAUGAUGUCGGUGGGGAAGCCACGCGUGUAUCGUGGGGUGCAUCGCCAACCCCCGAUAUCGUCAUAUAAGGCGCCUAACUUGUCAAUCAAGGCGAUAGAAUAUUCCCAAGCGAAUUACACCCCCCAAACCGAACUGAUUCAGGAGUUAUUAGGAUCCCGUGAUCUUUAG